CGCGCAGUGACCGCGCGCUAGAGUGCGCUGCUCGGCCCGUUGCUAGCUGUGACAAAAAAGGACGCGCUGGUUGCCAACCAGUAUGUCACAGUGCCAGUUGAAGAACAAGGUGUGGGCAGCACUGGGCAUUUGACCCGACAGUUUGUUAGUUUUGGGGGUUUUUCUUUCCCCUCUUUCCAGUAGCCCAACAACUUUCAACGCGAAGGAAAAUAUGCGGAAGUUUAGAGUGCUGAACGUGAAAACUCAUUUAAACUGAAAUUCGGAGAGUCAGGCUGAGGUGUUUUUUUUUCUUCUUUUUUUUACCCCUUAUAAUUCGAUGAAGGAUUUCUACAAAAUCAGACGGUGACCGCGACUCACGCACUGGAAAUCGGACAUGGAUUUACUAAGCUGUCCGCAAUGCAAUAUGACUUUUAAAUCCUCCCUACUGUUGGAGAAACACCGGGAGAAAUUUUGCAUCGGAGGAGACAUCGGCAAAGUCCGUGAGGCCCAGACCCCGCAAGACCUGCUCGAAAAAGUGAAGGAUUACAAGAAAAGACAACAGCAACUGCGAGAGCAGCGGGACAGGCAGGAGAGGGAGCUGCUCAAGGACAUCGAUGAGGAAAAGUGGUCGAAGACCCCCGAGACUGUGGAGGACUCUGAGCCCCCCUCUAGACAGCGAGGUUCCAAUUCCAGAGCCAAAUGGAACAAAGGCCAUGACACCCAUGUCCACCACCUGGCACAGACUCAUGGGAAGCAUAUCGUUGACAUUAUGACCGAAAACAAGGAGCUGGAGAGGCAAAGAAAAGAGAUUGAUGAAAAGCUAAAGGAGUUGGCUUCACAGAGUAAGAACUUCCUACAGGUUGAGAAAAUGUUGAAGGAGCUGAAAGACCAAGAGCAGAAAAACGAGUUCCUCCUCGAAUCCAUGCGUCAGCAGAUGCAGAUCCUUCAGAUGGAGGCCAUGAGGAGCAAAAACCUGAGCAUGCACAGCGACUCGCCUCUGUACUCCUCAAAGAAAAAGGCAAAGUUGCCUGAGUUUCAGCCCCACACCUACAUCCCGUUCUACGGAGGAGGACUCCUGUCUUCUGAGAUCAGCGCUCUUCGAUUGUCCUACCUACAGAAUGGAGGGAACGACCAAAUCAUUCUGGCCCAGAUUCAGGACUUGCUUAAUGAAGCCCUACAGCUUGAACAGCAGGCCAAGCAACCACAGAUUCAUCACCACAAGGACAAGCACAGACGUGGUCCCCAGGAGUCUCUACGCCGUAGUCUGACCAGAGAUCUCAUCACGCUCGAAGUGGAGAACCAGCGCCUUGAAAGUGAACUUGUGAAACUUCAGCUGAAGAAAAGGAAAGACCCUAAAUUUUCCAAAACUGCUUAUAGCCGCAGGACCGGCCACCUCCCUUUGUACCUCCCAGAGAACGGCGACCACAAAAUGAGGGUCCUGAAGCGAGACAUUGACCUCCUCAGGCAGGAACUGGAGGUCCAGCGCCUGCGACGACACAUCAAGACGUCGGUGACACAAGCACCGCCAGAGCAGACGGCUCCUUCCCCGCUUCCUCCACUGGAUGAGGUGAGAACUCAGACGCCAAACCUGAAUAAACAAUUCUGGGAGUCCACAGAUGGUUUGGGACCUGCGCCCUACGACCCCAUAGCUGGAUUUGUGAUCUUCUACGACUUCCUUCAGGGUCUCGACUCCUUUUAUCGCGUCUGUCGUCUGGUGGUGGGUUUAUGCAGUGGUGCCCAGGAGAUGGGCAGUCCGGUGUUCCUUCCGCCAGUCUACUGCGAGCCCAGCAGUCUUCCUUCGUACCUGUCAGAGAACAAGAGGCUGAACGUGGCUACACUUGCGGCCAAGCAGGCUGUUCCCAGAAUUCGCCCUUCUCCUACGAUUUCUCUCGUUAUGGAACUUCAGGCGUCUGGGGGAUACGACCCGUAUGGGCAAGAGGUGAACAGCCUCGUCUCAAGAGGAUGGGUCAAACUUGACAUUUUUGAUUUACACAACCGCGUCAUCAGUGGGAAAUGGAAGGUGCCGAUCCGCAUUCUUCCAGUUAAUCCGGCUCUGACAACCGGAGAAAUGAACGGAGUGCCUCAGCUUGGGAAUGCCGAACUUUACCUGCGAAUUGUGAAUGCCAGAGACGCAGACCUGCAGAGCUCUGCACCCAUAAGUCAAAAUAAUGCCAGCCUUUACAAAUAUCCCCCUCUGGCCGCCGCGAGGACCGGCUUUGUCUCAAACGUCCCGGUUCAACCACAGCUCUCCUCUUACUACUUCCCCAGCACACAGAUGAUGUACCCACCUUACCUGGAGAGCACAGACCCCCCUCCACCAUCUCAAAGUCUGCUCGAUGACACGCUGUAAUAAAUACAAAUUUAGGCAGAUGCAGCCAGCUAGGCUUUUCACAAGUUUAAUUUGCAAUCCAGUGAAUUUUGUUUUGGAAUUUGAUUGACGCAACCAAACACCUUCAGAGCAGACGAGGGUCAUACUGUCAGGCCAUAGCUCCUCUAAAAGAACAUUAGGACAAUCUGGACACGAGGACAGACCAUUCAGCCCAACGUAACCCACCAGGCCUGUCCGCUUCAUUCUUCUGAAAUAAACAUCAAGUUGAGUUUUGAGGGUCCCUGCAGUCCUACUGCCCACCACACUACUUGGUCACUUAUUCCAUGUGUCUGUGGCUCUCUGUGUGAAGAAGAACUUCCUAUUGCUUGUGUGAAAUUUCCCCUUAACAAGUUUCUUGCUAUGUCCCCUUGUUCUUCACCUCAUUUUAACGUCACCACCUCAAUCCACUGGACUAAUUCCCUUCAUCAUUUUUCACACUUCAGUCAGGUCUCCUCUUCAUCUCUUUAAAGGCUCAGCUCCUUCAAUCUUUCCUCCUAACUCAUCCCUUGUAUCUCUGAAUCAGCCGAGUUGCUCUUCUCUGGAGUUUCUCUUGUGCUGUUAUGUCCUUUUUGUAGCCCUGAGACCAAAACUGCACCCAGUACUCCAGAUGAGGCCUCACCAGUGUGUUAUAAAGCUUGAGCAGAACCUCCUUGGACUUGAACUCCACAAAUCAAGGUGCUAUAUAACCUGACCUUCUGUUAGCCUUCUUAAUGGCUUCUGAACACCGUCUGGCAGUUUAUAGUCCACUAUGACUCCUAAGUCCUUAUAAGUUGGACUUUCAAAUUUUCAGACCUGUCAUUGUGUAGUCCAACUUAACAUUUUUACCUCCUACAUGUAAUACAUAUACAUUUACUUAAAUAUAAACUCCUUCAGUUGUACUCCACACAUCAAGGUGCUAUAUAACCUAAUACCCUAUUAGAUGUUUUGAUUACUUCUCUCCUCUGCCUAUGCAUAGACAGUGACCAGUCCACUAUGACUCCCAGGUUCUUCUCAACGGAGACCAAAACUGCACCCAGUACUCCAGAUGAGUCCUCACCAGUGUGAUAUAAAGCUUCAGCAGAACCUCCUUGGACUUGAACUCCACACGUCAGGGCGCUAUAUAACUUGUCAGGUCGCAUCUUGAUCUUCUUUUGCUUAAGCUGUAAAGGCUCAACUCUUUUAAUCUUUCCUCAUUACUCAUCCCCUGUAGCCCUGAAUCACCCGAAUCGUUCUUCUAUGGACUUUCUCUUGUGCUGUUAUGUCCUUUUUGUGACCCAGAGACCCAAACUGCACUCAGUACUCCAGAUGAGGCCUCACCAGUGUGUUAUAAAGCUUGAGCAGAACCUCCUUAGACUUGUAUUCCCCACCUCAAGGCACUAUAUAACCUAAGAUUCUGUUAGCCUCCUUAGUGGCUUCUGGACACUGACUGGCAGUUGAUCGUGUUGAGUCCACUACGACUUCUAAAUCCUUCUUAUAAGGUGGACUCUCGAUCUUCAGACCUCCCAUUGUGUAUUCGAGCCUCACAUUUCUAAUUCUUACAUGUAUUUCUUUACCUUUACUAACAUUAAAUUUCUUCUGCCACAAGUCUGCCCAAGCCUGUCUGCUGUCCAAGUCCCUUUGUGAUGAUUCAAUGGAUUCUCAAUGAUCUGCCAGUCCACCUCACUUGGCAUCAUCUGCAGACUUAACCAGCUUGUUAUUUAUAUUCCUAUCCAAAUCAUUCAUAGAUAUUAACAAUAGCUGUAGCCCCCGCACUGCCCCCUGCUGAACACCUCUCUUAACUUCACCCAAUUCUGAUGAGGUUCCUCACCUUCUGCUUCCUGUGUCUGAGACAAUUCUGCCCCCAUCUACACACCACACCCUGAAUUCUGACUUCUGUUAGUUUGAUGCCCACCCUCUAAUGUGGCACCUCCUCAAAUGCUUUCUGAAAGUCCAUCAUAUCAUCAGCUCCAGUUUGAUCGUAUCCUUUUGUUGCUUCCUCAUUGAAUUCCAGAUCGUUAGUACAAUACAAUUUAUUUUUUUAUAACCCAAAAUCUCACAAGAAGAAAACGUUCCCCCUCUCAUCUGACCCCAUGCGGACUGUUCACUAACACUCCUGUUCUCGCCACGUGUUGCUCAAGCUUUUCCAUAACAAUUCCUUCCAUGAACUUACCUGUGAAGUUCACACCUGUCCAGCGUAACUCUUUGUCCAGAGUGCAUUCUCCUAUACGAUGGGUGGUCACGAGUUGCCACUUUUUGGGUCACACGGAGCCGUGACUCUCCAUCGUAUUCAAUUACAACAAUCUGGGUGAGAGGAGGCCACACAGACCACCACAGCUCGCCAGUUCCUGCCCACUUCAUUCUUCAUAAAUAACAUCAACUCGAGUUUUGAAGGUCCCUGAAGUGCUACUGUCCACCACACUACUUGGUGUCACUUAUUCUAGGUGGCUCUGGCUCUCUGCUUGAAGACAAAACUUAAUACCUAAUAUUUACCCUUCACAAGUUUCCAACUGUGCCCCCCGAUGUUAAGGGGUCGCUAUUGUUUUGCGAGGGUGUCUCAUGAUGAGAGGCCACGGGCAUUGCUCCACCAGGAUUCUCCAAGCAUGACCCUCCCCUGGAAUCAAUUUAGGCAGAGAUUCUCUGAGGUGCAGCACCCACCCAGGGUAUUACUAUCGGUGGGACCCUCCAAGUGGGACCCUAACACCCUAUGCUGGAAUGACUUUAGGCAGAGAUUCUCCAAGGGGCGUGCAUCCCCCCCCCGGGUAUUACUAUCUGUGACGAUUCCCCAAGAGGGACCCCUCCCCUCCUUGAUCUGAUGGUCAUCAUGGACUCAAAGACACUAAAGAAGGGCAAGAUUGGGUCGUUUCUCAAAAACACGCUAGUCUACAACAUGGUGCCAUUUAAAGUAGUCUCCGCCAGUGGUGAUCCAUCGGUGCCACCUUUGGACCCACUUGUCAGAUCCACUUUGGAAAAACUCAUUUUGGGUGAUCCCUGGUCUGGCAUCUGAUACCAUAUGCUUCUUCCAUUCCAUUUGCACCAUCAAAGCUCCAUCCUUGAGGGGCUUUCCUUCAUCUGACCGAACAAGUGAAAGUCUGAGGGGUGUCAGAAGACGAAUGUACCACUAAAUCUGUGAUUUGGCCAAAGAAGUGUGGGGGGUCCUGCAUUAUCAUGAUGUACCUGGCAUUGCAUUCAGAUGUUUCCGUGGUCUUUCCUUAUUGAUGUUUCACACACUCUCUCCUGUAUCCAAAGGUUGUGGCUAAUCUGCCCGAGAGCACUGUGGACCACAGCCAAGGUCCGUCUGUGUGAAUCAUGUCGGCCACCACAUCUCCUUUAGGUCUUUCCUCGUUGACUGCUCUUGUUGGCUCUCCACGACGCGGUUUGUCUUCCACGUUGGUAUUUCCUUCUUUAAACCUUGUCACCCACCUUUGCACGUUCCUCUCAUCAAUGGUCGCCUCACCAUAGACCAGUCUGAGCCUUUCUGUGGAUGUCGGCAGCAGCCCACCCUUCUUUGGUCACAAACUCGCUGACCACUUUGGCUUCUGCUUCAUAGCUGUGGUUCUGCAACGCCUAGAAAUGCAGACCUGAUGUCCCCCAUGGUGGUGGUGGUCCAAAAGCAUCAUGUUUGGGUUAAUAGGUUUUGGAGAAAGCUUUCAGUACGGCCCCUCGUACAUCCGAAGGUUUGUUGGACUAAAACUUGAAUCUCCAUAGUGAUCUUCAUCCAUUCCUGCAGACCUUCUCAGUUCCUUCUCGUCUGAUGGAGGCUCCUGAGUCCACACGCAUUUCCGUGUGUUUUUUGAU